AUGGACAACAGUAUUUGUCAAGUUUAUGAAGAAAUCCAGUCACUGGAAGAAGAAAUUAAAUUAUUGGCUGAAAAGUAUGAAGAUAACCAACACGAAUCCACUUUUUUUUCUGACGAGGAAAUAGUAAUGUCAAUAAAAUCAUUCCAGAGAGAAUUUCAGGGAGAAUCUCCAUCAUACCUGAAAGCUGAACUUGAAAGUCUAGAAGCAGAUCUCUCAUUUUUAACGAAAUUUACUGGUAUUCAGUUCACAAGUCAUUUCAAGAAAACAGUGGAAAAAACUAGAAACAGAACAGUGCAAAAGCACAGAUUAUCAGGGAAUUGCCACUCCCUGUCUUUUCAAUUGGAAUUCCAGCUUCUUGAAAUGCAGAACAAAGAGAGUGUGUCUGCUGUUAUUACUGAUCUCAGCAUUAUAAUGGAAUCUGGAGAAGAUUCAGAUAUGAGCAAGUUUGUGUCAAGCACUGAAGAACAUGGAAAUCUUUUAACAUUUUUCAGAAGCCUUUCAUCUUAUGCUGAGUGGUGUGAACAUCGUAGAUGCACCUUCCUACAUUUCAAGGCCAAGUAUCCGGACGUCGUGACCCUUCCAGAAGGACUGCUGGGAGAUUAUAUAAUUCUAAGGAACCCCAAACUUUCUGGGUUUGCAUUAACGAUUGUUUGGAAGAUACACAUAGAUGAAGAAGGGAGAACUACGCCUGUUCUAGACCUUCUGACUAAAGUGCCGGAGCAAGUCUUGCAGCAGAAGAUGGCAACUAUUGAAACUGUGCCCGCCCGCUUCCGAAGCAUGCUGCUUCUGUUUGGGAUCGAGACAGCUAUCGAGAAUCUGAUCAAAGUAGUUGGCUUGGAAAAAUGA